CUUCCCUAUCCUAUUGUUGUUUUUUUUCUCUUUUUUUUUUCGUCCUUUUCCCCGUUUAUGAUUUAUCUUUCCCCCCACAUUUUCCCUUCUGAGCGUGCGUGUGUGUGCAGCAAGUAUGAAAGAAACGGCGCGGAAAUUAAACCGAAAGGAGACGAAAGAUCAGAAGAAAAGAAGAGAAAAAUGAAGGGAGACUCGAGGGAAUAUGGUCUCAAAAACUAAAAUUAAGAAAGAAAGAAAAAAAAAAUGAAGUGCAGAGAGAAAAAAAAGAAGAGAGGAAGAAGAGUAAGAACAGAACCAAGAAGAAGCAGAAGAAGAAAAAGGAGGAAAGAAAAGAAAGGAAAAAAAAAUCAAAACAAAAGCAGAAAAUCCCAAGAGAGCGAGGCCAUCGGGCCAAGCCCAUGGGACAUGGCGGUGAGGGCGCUGUCGUGCGUGCCCUGCGCCCAGACCACCUGCCAGAAGAGGUCGAUGGUCAAGUACUGCUCCUUUGGCUUCGUCCUGGAUAUGUGCGGCUGCUGCUUCGUGUGUGGCAAGGGUCCGGGGGCGGCGUGCGGCGGCCAGUGGGCGUGGCACGGGCGCUGUGGGCGUGGCCUGGAGUGUCGCUACCCCGAGGUGCCGAAGGGCGACGUCUCGCCGCCCUUCUUCCUGAGCGGCCUCCCGGGGCGCUGCGUCAGCACCAACACCACCAUUUCGGACAAGAUCAACGUCUUUUUCUCGUGGAUUUCCUCCUUCAUCCAGAAUACGAUCAUGGGCGGGGACUAGGGUUGCUUCCCUCCUUAUCCUCCUCUUUGUUUCUCUCCUUCUCUUCCUCUUCCACUCGUUUAGCCUUUCUCCCUCUUCCUUCCCCUUUCUUACACGCUCAACCCCCUCCCCUCUCCUCCAACUCCCUCAUCGGUAUCUUGUCUUCCGUUCGGCUUUUGAUUCUAAAAUUAGUGUUCCUUUUUGUAGCUGUCUCUCUAUCUCUCCUUUUUCCAUUAGGCAUUUAUUGUAUAUUUACCUUUGUUUUGCUAAAACCAUUGUUAACACAGCUAAUGUCAUCUUAAUUUUAAGAAUAUCAUUAGUUUUCAUUAUAUUUUUUUCUCUAAACUAAAACAAAGUGAUAAUAGUGACUUGGGAAAAUGAAGUGAUAAUGAGUGAAAAAAGGAAGGAACUGUACGAAAAAAAAAAAUCAACAAAAUAAACUCUGCGGACCAGCACGCCGCGUUUCAUUACAAUUGCGGUCGCAGCUUGUUCGAGCGUCAUCACAGAUUUAGAAAACUCUUCAUCAAACAGGGAAGGACAGAGAAAUUGCGCGAAAGAAGGGAUAGAGAGAAUUAUGCAAGGAGCUUAUCGGACCGCUCGUCGCCACACUUUUCCCACGCUGACUAUUAAGGCGUAGAAUACAUGUGGAUUUAACUAACAAGCCAAACAGUAAUAUAAUCAUUAUUCAUAACAAAUCUCCCGUCCCUUCGCACCAUAAUCUUUAAUCAUAGCUUAAUUACGAAUAUCUAUCGAGUGAGCGAUUUUAUGUGAAACAUAUAUAUAUAUAU